ACUAUGGACUUCUAACAAUGGCAGCUGAUGAGAGAGAAACACUGCCAGAUAGAGCUACACAGUAGAGAGAUAGAGAUCUGAACUCUAAAGAUCAUGGUGAGAGCACCUUGCGUUGACAAAAACGGCAUCAAAAAAGGCGCUUGGAGUGAAGAAGAAGACAACCAAUUAAGAGCUUAUGUUCAACGUUAUGGCCAUUGGAACUGGCGUGAGCUUCCUAAAUACGCCGGAUUAGCUAGAUGUGGUAAGAGCUGUAGAUUGAGAUGGAUGAAUUAUCUUCGACCGACGGUUAAACGCGGGAAUUUUAGUAAAGAAGAAGAAGAUCUUAUCUGCAAGUUUCAUAGAGAAAUGGGAAACAAAUGGUCAGCCAUUGCUGCAAAGUUACCAGGAAGAAGUGAUAACGAGAUCAAGAACCACUGGCACACGCACCUGAAAAAACGCAUACCCGAACACAUACCAGUUGUUCUGAAAAAAGAAGAGGGUUCUGGUGAACAGAUUAUGCAAUUUGACAGACAACCAUCGAGUGGUGUUUCGACAUCUAGCACUAAUGUUAUUUCAAACGAGUUGGUGGCAUCAUACAGACUGUCAAAUGAGUCGUUGGCGUCCCAGAGAUUAUCUGAUGAUUCAUCAUCGUAUUCAUCGGGUUUAGGUUUAGAAAGGCGGCUGUUGAUAGAUUUGAAUCAAGAAUAUGUAGAGGAGGAAUGAAGAUGGAGUGGCUGAUUCAACAGAGGUAAAGUUCUUUUGACUGUUGUUUUGUAAAUGAACAAGUUCUUCAAGUUCCAUAUCAAUUUGUUCUUUAUUUCUUUAGAUUCUUUCUGAGAAAUUUACAUGUGCAGCACAAGAAAAUCUUUGUUAAAUAUAGCAAAUUCUUAUCAUGA